AUGGAACCAAAAUGUCGCCGAGUGGCUUCAUCACUGCGACACGAGUCGUUCAAACGUCGAAUGCUCGACCGUCAAUUCCAACGUGUAACUUUUAACGUCGUGAUAUUAAACAAUUCGACGAUAGCAGCGGGAGAACAAAAAAAAGAGGACUCCAACCGACUUACAAAGAGCCGUUACCGACGAAAAACGAGCGUUUUGAUUGGCUCAAAACACCGAGGUUUCAUGCGUCAUGUCCAGCUUGAAUCGACGUUGACGGGGGGGAAGAAAAAGUGGCCAAAUCUCCCUAAAGCUUUGUUGUUGUUGUUGUUGUUUUUUGUACAAUUUCAAAGCUCGGUUGUCUCCGCGGUGCGCCCUGGCACGAGAGCGUCGACGGACACCAAGCUAGUCCGAGUAGAGGUCCUUCAGCCGGGGCAGUGCGGCGCCGCCGCUAAUGUACAGCUCGAGGUGGCGAUGUGCAGGUUUAACAAUAGUUUUCAACAACGAAUAUUCCCACGAAGAAGAAAGGGCGCCACCAUCACUUCCGCAAUAACAGUCACCCGGCGCAGCAACAUGGAUCCCACGGCAGAAGUCGGUCAUGAAAACGGGUUGUCCGGUGAAAGCGGUGCUGCCAAAAUGCAGGAGCGACUUCAGAAGCGGCACCAGGCGAGAAUAGAGGAGGUCGAGCGGAGGAAGGAGGCGAAAGAGAACCAGUCCGUCGCCGAGGAAAAGGGCGAGUACUUCUCCAGCACCUUCGCGACGGAGCAGGCGUGUGUCGAGGAGCUGCUGUCCAGCUGCUCCGGAGCGGACCGGGCCGCGGUGACCCAGCGGCUGGAGGAGGCGACGGCCAGAACCGUGCAGCUCCAGAAGUUCCUGAACGACAGCAUGUUGUUUCUGACCCAGUACAAGAUGAGACAAGCCCAGGCGGCUCUCCAGAGCCUGCAGACCUCCAUCGCCGAGAUCAGAGAGAAGGCCCUGCCCAAGAAGAAGUUCGCCUUUGGAGCUCGCAGCAAAGGGCCGGGCAAUGUCCCGGCACCGGUGUCGGACGCGGCUCCACCUGACGCUGCCCCACCUGCAGACUCCGGUGAGGUGGAUGGAGCCGACGCCUCUGAGCAGUGCUUCUUCUCCAACAUGGACGACGAGUUCCUGACCAAGACGUCCGAGGAGAUCCAGAAGCGAGACGUGCUGCUGUCCCACCUCUCCAACUGCAAGGUCCGCCUGUUCGGAUCCCCCAGCACGCUUCACCUGAAGCACAUCGACAGCUGCGAGAUCCUGUGCGGGCCGGUGUCCACGUCGGUGUUCGUCGACAGUUGCCGAAACAGCACGCUGGCCUUCGCCUGUCAGCAGCUGCGGACCCACAACACCACGGACACGCAGGUGUACCUGCACGUCACCAGCCGAGCCAUCGUCGAGGACUGUCACAGGGUGAGCGUCGCCCCGUUUUCCUGGUCCUACCCCACUCUGGAUGAGGACUUUACAGCGUCCGGCCUGGACCGGGACAGAAAUAACUGGAGCCAGGUGGACGACUUCAACUGGCUCGCGGCAGGAAUACCGUCCCCCAACUGGAGUAUCCUCCCAGAAGCAGACAGGAAAACCAACUGGGGCCCCUAGAGCUGAACUUCUAGAGCACUCAUUUCCUGAGAUGUCCACGAGACCACCAAUUAAAUCAGUCAGCCGGCGAUACCAGUUCCAGCCUGCAUAUUGAUCAUCUCAUGUUCAUGCCACUUCAUCAAAGUUGAAUGCACCUUAAUCUAAUCUGUACUCUGUAAAAAGGAAAAUAAAGAGUCUCCUCGCUCAACAAUA